CUUUACGAACGAUUAUUUCGUUUAUAGGCAUUCCUCCAUCGAGUUGUUAAACAGGCGUUCAUCUUUAAUUAUUUAACACUAAUUACGGCUUUCUCUCGUGGUAUUCUGGCUGCACUUCAAUUGGUUUUGUGUUACAUAUACCGUAUUAUAUGCUACUUUGCUUAUUCGGCUACCAACUCGGAAGUACUGCUCCUCAUCUUCUCAUUGUAUAAUAUCGUUUGUUUCAUUUCUUCUAGUAUUUUUAUCUCUGCAUUAUCGCCUUCUUGUUCUUACACCUCCCCGUUCUUUGAUCUGUUCCUUCCCUUUUUGUUGUCUAUACGAUGCCCUCUUACGAAUCUGAAGUUUACAAGCGAAGUCUUUCUGACAUGCAGUCUCCAUCUACACCAACGAAACGGCCGUGUGUACCGACAAUCGAUACAUCACAUCCAGCCGAGUUUCUGGCCAAGGACCGUUCCACGUCGUCUUCUUAUCCUACAUGCCCAAUAGACGUUUACAACAAAAAUUAUCCUCUCUCAUGCAUGCAAACUCCAGAACAUUUACGUAAUUUUCAAGUUCAACUGGACUCCAUUCCGUACAAAUUCUGUACUGAUUCCUCUGUCUCAGAAAUUGAGGAUGACCUUGCUAUAACACUAAAACCCGUGAGCAAUGUCAAGGAGUCUGGUAGCCACCAUCCCUCACAAGCCCUUCGUAUCGUUGGAAAUUGCCAGUUAUUUCCUACGAAACAAAUUCAGGCGCCGCCAUCCCCCGAGCAGGAAGAAUUCGUCUCCAGCGAGGAAGGGCGCUUGGAUGUCUCGGUUCCUUCACCAAUAGCACCCAUGGAACUAGUAGACAUGAUGUCCUGCUACUCUCGGUUGCCUUCUAGCCUACAAGCGUUUAUGUUCUUAAAAUUUAUGAAAAAUUGUGACCGACAGACGUUGAGACUAUUGAAUGAGCAAUGCAAUCUUUCUCUGAAAAGGGAUCUUAUUGCAUCUUUGCCAGAUACUUUGGUGGACAAGGUCCUACAGUGCCUGGACAUUAGAUCAUUUUUGAAUGCGCUUCUAGUUUGCAAAAACUGGGAGAGUAUUUUUCGUUCGCACGUUUCUUUUUGGUAUUAUCAGUUUGUCAAAAAUCACUUCCUUGUUGAUAAGAAAGACUGGCAAUUAGUAUUUCCUAACAAACAACCACCGCCUUUUCUUCGAAAUGAAGAUAUUCCUAUGGACAUGUAUCCGUGUAUUUUUAAACGGCAUUAUCUACAUCGUCAGCGUUGGUUGCGCCCAAAGCAAAAGCCCCUUCGACUUUCCUUUCCCCGUCAUGUUCACGCCGGUCAUUUUGUUACUUUUCUUCAAUUGCAAGGAGAUCGUGUAAUUACGAGUUCAGACGACGCAAGUAUGAACAUUUACGAUGUAAACACAGGAAAUUUAGUAGUUCAAUUACUCGGUCAUAGAGGAGGCGUCUGGGCUGUUCAAGUUUUUGGGGAUACGCUCAUUUCUGGCUCAGUCGAUAAAACUAUUCGUGUGUGGGAUAUGCGUACUGGAAAGUGCACUCACUUAUUUCGUGGUCACACGUCUACCGUUCGGUGUUUGCAAAUUUUGUUACCGGUCAAAACCAUAAAAAAAGGAAGAGUGACUUAUGAACCAGAAUUCCCCUGCAUUGUCUCUGGUUCUCGGGACUCUACAGUAAGAAUUUGGAAACUUCCUCAGCCUAAUGACCCACCUUACAUCGCGCCUGAAGAUGUCAAUCCUUCCGUUGCUGAACAAUCCAACCCAUACCACAUACGCACACUUUCGGGACAUACCGGAUCUGUUCAUUCUAUAGCGGGCUAUGGUGAUAUUCUAGUUAGUGGAAGUUACGAUUUUACUGUUCGUGUUUGGCGAGCGUCUACUGGGGAAUGUCUUAAUCACUUUCGUGGUCAUAAAGCAUAUAUUUAUAGCGUAUUAUACGAUCCUACACGAAAUCUUUGCUUCAGUGGAAGUCUGGAUAAAACGAUUCGAAUAUGGGAUAUUAAAAAUAAUGUUUGUCUACACACCCUGGAAGGCCAUACAGAUCUUGUCGUCUUCUUAAAUCUACAAGCCGAUAAGCUUAUUAGCGGUGCUUUAGAUUCAACAAUUCGUGAAUGGGAUAUCAAUUCCGCCAAGUGUGAAAAAGUGCUUUCAGCCAAUUCCGGUCCCAUCAGUUGCAUGCAAAAUGACGAAUGUAAGGUUGUUAGCGGAAACAACGGUUCUCUAAAACUUUGGGAUCUGCGAACGGGAAAGUUGGUUCGGACACUGCUUUCAGAUAUGACAAUUAUUUCUCAGGUUUGUUACGAUGAAACGCGCUGCGUGGCCGCUGUACAAAGAGACAACCAGUCAUUUAUUGAAGUUCUAGUAUAUCGAGACAAUUAAUCAUCGCGUUUUGUUUCCCAAACCUACGACGAACAUGAAACUGGAAAGCUAUUAGUUUGUAAAAGUCAAUGAGUAUAGUAUGUAAUUUAUGUAUAAUAUAGAGCGGAACGUAUCCAUUUACAAUUCUUGAAGCAGAGUUGAAGAGGACGGCGAGAGCAGAGG